AUGGAUGGUACAACUUCAUCAGGAAAGAUAGGUGGUAAAGUUGGUGGUAAAGUUGGAGGAAAAGGCAAGGCAGGUUCUGGUAAGGGAAGUAAAAAGCAACCAACUUCAAGAGCAGCUCGUGCAGGACUGCAGUUUCCAGUCGGUCGUAUCCAACGUAUGCUAAAACAUCGUAUUCCAGGAGAUUGCCGUGUAGGUUCGACAGCAUCUGUAUACGCAGCCGCUAUUUUAGAGUACUUAACUGCUGAAGUACUCGAGUUGGCUGGAAAUGCCUCAAAGGACCUCAAAGUAAAGCGUAUUACACCUAGACAUCUUCAACUGGCAAUUAGAGGUGACGAAGAGUUGGACUCUCUUAUUAAGGCUACAAUUGCAGGUGGUGGUGUAAUACCUCACAUAGAAAAGUCUUUAAUGGGUAAAGCUUUAAUAGGGAAAAAAGGCAAGAAGGGUAAUAUGAGUCCAUGA